GCAGAAGCACUUGUCUGGGAUAACGAUGUAUUGACCCAGUCCCACAGUGUUGCCAAGGCCAAAUAUGAAUUUUUAUUUGGCUUGGAAGAAGAGAAGCCUUCAGAAAUGGGUCAGCCCUGCUCUUUGUCCAGUCGCAGACAUUUAGAUGCAGGAGGGACUGAAGGGGUUACCUCAUCCUGUGUCCCUGCUCUGAUGUGGCAAUGGCCUGCUUGUAUCGCUCCUGCUGAGUGUUUUGCCUACUGCGGACAAAUGCAUCCUCCUCCUCCUCCUCCUCCAGGAAGAUGUUUGACCAAAAUGGGUAAAUCAGGGUGGUGCCGUUCCUUCUACUUGUUUUCUUCAAAUAAGCACAUCUUAACUGCUCACCAACUUCAGAUGAGUGAGGAUGGGACACAAGCAUAAACCCAGGCACAGCCAUACUACUGAAGCCUUCUUGGAUGCUGUUGAGAGUAUACAUUUUUCAACUGGGCAGUGAAAUACUUGCAUCUGACAACUUACUUCAUAAAGAAGGAAGCAUAAUUGGGGAUGAUCAUGGCAAACAGCUCCCCAGAGGGGAGACAGCAGACUUGCUUAAUAAGCUGUGGUGCUGAUUUUUACCUUCCAGGUUUAAACUGGUGGUCAUUUUCAUGGGUGAGAGAAGAAAAAUCAAGUUAGAUGCUUGUAGAAGAGCUGUUUCACUGAUAAGAUUCAGAUGUACAUGAUAAUAAGUUUGUUGUAUUAAAAGUAGUGGCCAUGGAAGUAAUACAUUGCUCCCUCAUACCAUCAUCAAUGAAUUUCCAGAGUAUGGCACAAUAGAGCCAAGUGGAGACACAAUGAGGACUUCGUCUGAGUAUGAAGCAGAGGCUGUAGUGUGCACUCCCAAGCGAUGGGACAGUGACCAGGUAAUUUGCCGGCCACUUCCUGAGAGCGCUGCUUCUGCAGAUGGUUCAGGAACUCACAUUAAAGCAUUGCAGCUGCAUGCUGCAGAAGAAGGUCUACAACCUGAGGGUAAUCUGCCAGAGACUGUGAAAAUCUCUGGAUGGCUGGAAGCAACAAAGGUGCAGGAGAAAGCAAAUACUUCUCUUGAUUCAGAGACGCAAAUGGAAAAAGAGAGGGUAACUGGCAGCCAAAAUGUGCAGACAGCCAGAGAACCAGUUCCAGCAGGCCAAGAAAAACCCUCAGACAUGCCUCUUCCAUCUGAAGGAACAGCUGAGGAAAAAAUGUAUUUGAUCAUAGAAAAAGAUCUGGCUGCAAUAUUGACUGGAGAAAAGCAGUCAGAGUCCUUGCAAGCCAUCAGUAAUAAAACUGAGGAGGUCCACACAGCACAGGAGACAAGCUGUCAUAGACCAUCUGUGACAAACCUGGAAGCAGCCAGCAAAGUGGAGGGGUGGGCGCAUUUUGAGGAGUUUUCAGCGUACAGUCAAGGCAAAAUGCAAAUGGGUCCUGAGAGGAGGCACUCAAAAGAGGCAGCUGUGAGCAAACAUGUAGAAUUUCAAGGGGUGGAGAUUUUAUGGUUGAAAAAAGCAGAGGAGCAGAAAAGAAAGAAGCAUUUGCUAUUGGAGACUCUGUCUGUUGAGAGGAAAGCAUUCCCCAAAAUACCCAGCAACUCUGUACCACCUAUGGUGUCCCCAGCAUUGGUCACCUCACCGGAGAGUGCUUGGAGGGAGGUCUGGGAAGAGCUGAGGCAAGGAACUGUCUCUGGAGCCACUCCUUUGGCUUUGCUUGAUGAAAGCGGGGAGGAUGAAGUCUUUGUGAAGGAAGAUAAGAAACACGGUGAAGACGCUGAGGUAGCAAGAGACAAGGACAGGAUUAUGGAGGAGGAAGAAGCAUCCAUGGGAGGGUAUGAAGAUGUCCUUGGACAAAAGCACUCUGACAUCUCCACGGAUCUGUACAGCUCGCAGUUUGAAAACAUUCUGGACAAUGCAUCUUUAUAUUAUAGUGCGGAGUCACUGGAGACCUUAUACUCAGAGCCUGAUAGCUACUUCAGCUUCGAAAUGCCACUCACUCCAAUGAUCCAGCAACGUAUGAAGGAAGGCAGCCAGUUUUUAGAAAGGACUUCAGCCUCAGGACAGCAAGAUGUCUUUAAGCUUCCCACUGAUGGGGAAAUGAAGAGUCGCCGCGAAGGGAUCUCCAAUGGCUUAAGGGAUGUAAGUGAAACGCUGUUUAGAGGAGACGUCACAGAAGUUCCUCAUUUGGACAGCAAUGUUAGACUGCAGAAUAUGGUGUUAGAGUCCAGUGCUGCCAUGGGGAGCAAUGAGCUUCAGGAGAAGGAUGCCGCAGGAGCCCUCGGCUGCGAUCUCAGCAAUGGCAGCAGCAGCAAUUUGGAAGCAGCCCGACGCCUGGCCAAACGCCUCUACCAUCUGGACAGAUUCAAACGGUCUGACGUGGCGAAGCAUUUGGGUAAAAACAACGAAUUCAGCAAACUUGUGGCUGAAGAAUACCUUAAGUUUUUUGAUUUCACGGGCAUGACGCUGGAUUACUCACUGAGGAGUUUCUUUAAAGCCUUUUCACUUAUCGGAGAAACUCAGGAACGAGAGAGAGUUUUAAUCCACUUCUCCAGCAGAUACUAUCAGUGUAACCCAAACACCAUUUCGACUCAAGAUGGGGUUCACUGUCUCACGUGUGCCAUGAUGCUGCUGAACACUGACCUGCAUGGCCAUAACAUUGGGAAAAAGAUGACCUGUCAGGAGUUCAUUGCUAACCUUCAGGGGAUGAAUGAUGGUAAAGACUUCCCGAAAGGGCUGUUGAAGGCUCUCUACAAUUCAAUCAAGAAUGAGAAGCUUGAAUGGGCAGUAGAUGAAGAAGAGAAAAAAAAAUCUCACUCAGAUGGUACUGAUGAAAAGGAUAAUGGGAGCCAGAUGAAGGCUGUUGGUCGCAUUGGCAACUCUAAUAACCCAUUCUUAGACAUCCCUCAUGACCCCAACGCUGCUGUGUAUAAAACAGGAUUCCUGGCUCGGAAAAUCCAUGCAGAUAUGGAUGGAAAGAAAACUCCCAGGGGGAAGCGAGGCUGGAAAACCUUUUAUGCUGUGCUGAAGGGAACAGUCUUGUACUUGCAGAAGGACGAGUAUAAACCAGAAAAGGCUUUAUCAGAGGAAGAUCUGAAGAAUGCAGUUAGUGUGCAUCAUGCGCUGGCAUCCAAGGCAACGGACUACGAGAAGAAACCCAAUGUUCUUAAGCUUAAAACAGCAGACUGGAGGGUCCUGCUUUUCCAAGCCCAGAGCCAAGAAGAAAUGCAGGCCUGGAUCAACAAGAUUAAUUGUGUGGCUGCUGUAUUCUCUGCACCACCAUUUCCAGCUGCAAUUGGGUCUCAGAAGAAAUUCAGUCGCCCACUCCUGCCAGCUACCACAACAAAGCUAUCUCAGGAUGAACAGCUGAAAUCCCAUGAAGCUAAGCUGAAGCAGAUCUCAACUGAGCUUGCCGAGCAUCGCUCCUAUCCUCCUGACAAGAAGCUCAAAGGCAAGGAAGUGGAUGAUUAUAAGCUGAAGGACCACUAUCUGGAGUUUGAGAAAACUCGCUAUGAGAUUUAUGUUGGCCUCCUGAGAGAAGGGGUGAAGGAGCUGCUGAGCGGGGAGAAUGAUGGGCCAGGACUGAAGAAAUCCCACUCAAGUCCCUCGUUAAAUCAGGAGUCUCCAGUUAGUGCCAAGGUGAAACGCAAUGUCUCGGAGAGGAAGGACUACAGACCAGAAACACCCAGCAUUAAGCAGAAGGUCACUUAGAGUAGAAAUGACAACUAGGGGAACAUCCAUGCAGCAGAAUACCGGUGGUCAAACAUUUUUCCUUUGAUAAGCUGUCAUUCACAAAAAUAAGUGCAUCUGCCUGAAUGGGGUGUUAGUGACAUUUUCUAUUGUAUAUUUUGUUGUUUCUGUACAGAUUGUGGGAGAUGUCUUUGCUCCUGAUUUGCUUUGCUUUGUUAAUUUAUCAUUUAGCAACUGAAGCACAUCUUUGGGGAUUUUUUUGUUUUGUUCUGUUUCUAAAGGAGCUUGGGGGAGGGGAAGACCGCUGUGACUUAUUAUCUGUCUCUUCCCCUUUUAUCUCCUCCCAUUGGCACGUGGCUUUCAUCUCUCAAGUCGCUUGUCACUUUAUUUACAUGGUCGGUGGGAAAAGUAACUGGACAAAUGCUGCAGUGUUGUGAAUUCAGACUGUUGCUGUGAGCAAUGUGUGCAAAUAAGCAGCUGCAGAAGGCUGGUUAGAGUCUAGGAUGCUGGGAAUAGUGUUUUCCUGACAAUGCAGAGCAGAUGAUACUGAUACUCAGCAAUGGGUGCUUCAGUAAAUAGGCGCUGUUGCUUAUGAUUAUAGCAUUGACCCUGGACCCACAAAUGCGAAGGAAUGAAACCUGAAAAUCUCUGGGAAUUUUGGGAUGGCAGCAUUGGAAUAAUUUGUUUUUCUUUCCUCGCGAAAAGUCUUCUCCUGAGGUAGCAGACUGGGGGGGUAUCCAAACCCAUGCUGUCUCUGUGGCCAGGGAUUACCCAGCCAGAAUGAGCCUGGGCUUUAAACUUAUUUGCAAAGAGGCUACUGUAGAUGCUAGCCAUUAUAAGCAUUGUGUUUUAAAGACAAAGGGUGUCUGUGUAGUUUUUAACUAUACACUCUCACUUAGCUGCUAUAUAGAGAGCCUUACAAUAUAUCAUUCAUCCAUGUUCCCCCUUCCAGGAGUUUCCUCGUUGGUAUGCCCAGGUGUUCGCAAUUUCUCUGCUAGUCACAGAGUAUUUUGCCUUUCCUCUUCAGGAAGGGAUUCUCCUCAGCUAUCCAUUUUUCCUGCUUUAGCUCAUGUUCAAGUGGAACAGGCUGGCGCAGACUGGAGAAUGGGAUAGACUUGGACUCCUCAGAGGGCAAUGCCAUCAUGGCUGCUCCACGUCUGGAGGUCAGCACAGAAUAGCCACAGAUUUGGCCAGUCCUACCCUCCACCCACGUGAAACAGCCUGCAUGGCAGCUCCAACGUGUUUCACCUGGGGCUAUUAGUGGCAAGCUCAGAAUGGAGAGAGGGGAAUGUGGCUAGAGAUUUCCAUACCUCAAAACCCCGUUUGCUCCACAGUUCCUUAGGUGGUUCACAGUCUGGGCACUGGCAUCAGGGGAUUAGAAAGAUUGUGCAGAAAUCCCUUUUUUACUUUGAGCCCCUCCAGCUCUGAGCUCACUGUGGUGUUGUGGAGAGCAUACACUCGCCCGGUCCUUAACACCCUGGGUUUUAAUCUCAGGUUUGAUACUGGCCUGCUGAGUGAGCUCAGACAGGUCACUUCUCGCCUCACGCAUCCCAUAUGCAGAAUAGUAUAACCGCGCUGGCCUUUUCCACAGAGCAUCUUGAGAGGUACUGUUAGUGUAUCAGGUGAAAAUUGUUGCUAUUGUUUUUUGUUGUGCCUGGCUCAGGUCAGCCUUCCUGAAGGAUAUAAUUCUCAAUGUGUAAAGAAAAGCCAAGAUCAAGACUGUUUAGAAAUGUGCUGGUACUUCCAGCCCCAACAGUUGUAGGGCCACACAGAUAUCUCCAUCAAAAAGAUUACCACCGGAGUGGAUUUAUGUUCUGCCAGACCUCCCGAAGGGUCCAAGUCAAUUAGUCCAGCUUACUGAACUGCCGGUUUAGUGGGCAGCAAAGGGAACAAUCAAAAGAGAAGGACUUUCACAGGAGCUGAAUGACUUGCCUCCCCACUGAGGACCACUGCGCAAUGGCUUUCCCCGUGCUGUGCUGGCCAUCGGCUGUGAUGAAGAUGAUGUACUGCCAAAUUCCAGGAGGUGUCAGAGAUAAUCGAUCCUCAAAGCCGCAGCCCAGCAGCAGAACCAGAGGGAAUUGGCUUUCCAGCACGGUGGUAAGACGUGUAAGCAACGUGGCAAACAAAUGUACUGCAUCUGCUGCCGAGAGUGGCUUCUCUGUGCCAGUAGUAAGGAGGUCAGCACCUACCCCAGCAGUGUCACUGAAGACUACCGAGUCCCAGAUGGAAACUGUCAACUCUUCCCAAGCAUUGAGGCGUUGGCAGUUGUGUGUCCCUAGACAGGAGCAAGUGUCCAGGCAUUUUCCUGAAGAAGAGAUGCCUCCUGGAACUGAAGACAAAAUUGCAGAGUGCUGAGAGAAGAAAUUCAGUGUAGACAGGUGCAUGGUAGCACUCACUGGAAGGGAUUGUUUGGAUUACUCACUUACAUGUGGCAGAUCAACAGCUCCUGGAGCGGAAACAAAGCCAGGAGAUCCCUGCAGCUGUUCAUCAUGCUGUGGCAGUUGAAAACAAACAGAAGAGAGGUUACACUGAGAGGAAUAAAAUCUCAUGGGGAAUGCUGAUUGCAUUUAUUCAAGAAGAAAACGUGUGCUGUCUUUGAUAUUGCACUUCAUGGAAAGCAUGGAGUGGGGAAAAAAAAAAAAAAAGUGUAGAUUUGUAAAUGGGCCCUGUUGUGAUCCCCCACAGGAGGGUACUCUAGAUGGGCUUUUUGAAGGCAGUCUGGAACGUGCCCAGAAGCCUAUUGUGAUGAGAAUGCAGUGCUUUUACAGGCAAAGAGGUCACAUUUAACUUUUCUUCCAGCUUUUAAAAUAUUCCAGCUGCUGUAGACUGCAGUUAAAUUGCUGAGCUCAAAAAGGAAAUGAUUUCUGUAAAAUGUGUUUUGCAGCUUUGGCACAGAAACUGGUUAAUUCGUCUUCAAAGUCAUUGCAGAGGAGAUGAUCUCAAGCAAUACGAAAAGUUAAAUAGUGAGCUGCAAAAGUGAUCUUUUUAUUUAUUUUUUCAGUUUUCAUUAUUUAUUCUCUAUUUCCAUGUAUACUUGUAAAUGGUUUGUGGUCUAUUUUUUAUGUCUCAUCUGGGCUUAGUAAAUGCAGCUUUUCACUGCAGUUUUUAGCUAUUAAAUAUUUGCUGAGUUUAGAGCACUCUAGGUGAGACUGUUGAGGUGUGCAGAUUAGUUAACUGAGAAUUUGCCUGGUUCUGCUCAAGCUGUAAUUAAUGCCAUUUUGCUCAGUUGCUUUAUGAACUCCAAGCACCCCAGGCUCACAGGUGGAAAUGCAUAUUUUGGCAAGUAGAGAGAAAAGAGUGAAAGGAGAUCCUGUUGCGAAUGGCAAAAACUCCUGGAGCCCUAUGAGAACAAGAUCAUCUGCCAAGCAGUACUGUCAUUUGCUUUCUUUCUGAUGGUGUUGCAAAGGGUGGGGAGAUCCGCAGGAGGUGUCAGUGGUGGGUUUUGCGGUUGGCAUCAUGGGGAAUCAGGCCGGAUAACUUUGCGUGAUACCUGAGUAUCCUGAUUUUCUCUCUAGGCUGCACCACCACAAAGCAAACCUAUGUCCAGCCCCCACGCCAGCCUUUGCUUCAGCACUGUGGGGAGGUUUGGUCCUCCCUUGUGGUCUUUCCCGACACUGGGAAGCCACCUCCCUGCCUGCGCCUCUAGAGGGUGGUCGUGAGGAAGGGAGUAGGACUGGGCCCAGAGGGACCAGUCUUGCUUUGAAGAUUGCUCAUUGCUUAAUCUCCGCAGGCUAGAGCAGCUCUUCUGUCCUGCUGAGGCAGGAGAGGCCUCCAUUGGGCCUCUAUAAAUAAACAAAAUUCAUCUGACAGCAGGGAGAGGAGGGAAGAGCGCAAAAUUGCCUUCCCCUCUCUUUGCUCAGCAACCGAAGUGAGUGAAAAAUUCUCCCGAAGCCAAAACCGCACUCUCCUUUGUGAGUCAGCAGGACUCUGGGAUUUGGUUCAGAUGAUUUUUGUUCGUCAGGGGUUGCGCAGGAGAAUCCCUGGGCUGGCUGUGUGUUUGUGUGCGUCUUGCAGAUAAAUCACGCAUGGACUAGGGAACAUGACUACAGCUUUUUAAUCCAGUAUUUAUGUUGUGUCUUUAAUUGAUGUAGAAAGAUAAGUCAGCCAGCUGGGUGAUUAAUGUAGCGGAGCUGUGGGGAAACGCUGUUUAGCCACAAUGCCGAUUCAGACAGUUUUUCAUCUACAGCCAGCCAUUUGUGAAAGGUUAUCAGAAGCUUUCUAGAGGCCAUAACUGCUCUUCUCUGAAGUGCCCUCUCUUGGAUCCCACUUACUCCCAGGGUGCUGCCUGCUGCCCAAGUUCAGGGAGUCUUCUGGAGAGCUGCGCCAUGUCCUGCUUUGAGCAGCAGUUUGGACUAGGUGGCCUCCAGAGGUCCCUUAUGACCUGCAUGGUUUUGUGCCUUUCCAGAGCGCCUGUGCCCUCCUGUAAAAGGCUUCUGGCUCAAAGCAGUCGAGCUUUCCACCUAACUCUGGUGACAUGGCUUCCUGCUUGGUUAGAGAUGUCUCUUCCUUUGGAAGAUGGUUGUGGCAGUGGAGAAAGUCUAAGGUGGCAAGAUUAUUGCGGAGUUUCUGGAGGGAUUGCACUGGAAUGUUCUUGAAAAUAGGGAAGGUUUUUCCUCUGUAGAUGGCACCUAGCAAUACCAUGUCUGCAUUCUCCAUCCCAAAAUCAGUUUUGGCCUUAUUGCAGUUAGUCUUACAGCUCCUCCUCCUCCUCUGUCAAGCUGCUCCCGUCUGUCAUCUUAGCACCUCAGCUGCUUCUGUAUAACAGGUCUCUUUCCUUCCGUGCGUGCAGAAAUGCAGAAACUCUGACUGUCCCGUUCUUGCCUUGAGAAAACCUGCUCUGUGGCGGUGCUGCUCUGAAUGGAUAAUCCUUCAAACAGCUUUCUAAUUCUGCUCGUUUGUAGCCUGUUUCCAGCCGCAGUUAAAGCUGGGCAGUACAGGACAGUCACAGACCGUUGUGAUCCUUUCGUGGUAUGCUGCAGGGACACAAGGUGUCCCCUUACGCUUAGACCAGACACUUGUACUCCACUGGUACCAGCUCUGGUCUCCUUUCCAAAAAAAGCAGAGGCAACCCCUGCUGUGGGGAAACUUUGACAGGUUGUUUUGCAAGGAGCCAGAUACCUUGCAAAUCAGGUUUUGCAGUCUUCUGGGGAGCUCUUAAAAUGGAUGCCAUUUUCAGUCGGCGCCCCCCAAGCGCAGAGACGAUUAGUCAGGCAGUCAGAAACACUGGCUGCUUUUGCAGAGGCAAAGGCAGUGUGAAUGGCAUAUCUCAAACAAUCUUCCAGCCUGCUACUUGUUUCAAAAUUACCCAGCAUUGCUCUCCCUGCGCUCCUGGGCAUCAUGUCUCCCUGCAAAGGCAGUUUUGAAGUCCUGAGCAUGACCAAAACUCCUCAGCACCUGAUCCUGGUGCCUGCUGUCUAGGCUGCCUUGAGGGGCAAGCCAAAGAGGCUGCCUCAGAAAUUUCUUUGAAAGAGCUGGUCUCCAGCCUAUACUUUAUAGGGGAUAUUUUUUAAUGCGUAUUUGUGCACUAUGCCUGGCCUCUCCUUUCUCUCAGAGGUCUUCCACUAUGUCCUGACAUCCUCUGUGAAUAUCUGCUCUCCUGUUGGCAACAUCCAGUUGAACAGUGAAAGGGGGCAGGCUCAGCCCAGAGGGAAGGUACCUUGCUCAUUCAUUUUGUCAGCUGCGUUGAGGCUUUGUGUUAAAGGAAGUGCUCUCAUAAAUAAUUAACAAAUGCAAGCAACAGGUUUCCCAAAGGCCACACCAUUGACCUAACUUUGCUCCCAUGGUCAGAAGGAGCAAAUUUAUGCCAGCCUGAAGUGCUUCUGUCCUUCCCUUUGAGCAGCAAAGUAUUCUGUAAAAAUUAUAAUUUUUUAAACAGUGAGGGACCUCCCGUGGCAUCUGUUGUUAAAUCUGUGCUAAGAAUCAUGUGAAGUACAGGCCAGAGGUUUAUUUGGACCAAAUGUGAAGUGUGCUACUUAGCAAUGAAGGGAUUAGAAAUGCUACAAAUUAAAAGGGCAGAUUUUUUUCUCUGACACAAACCAUUGUAAUUAGUAGUCACUCUGUGACACUAAUCGUGCAUUUAACUUGUGUUAGUGAGACCAAUAGAAGAAGACUUUUUUUGUGUAAGCAGGCAAGGUUUCAGCUUUGCCUUGGGCCAAAUAAAUACCCUGGUCUAACUGCAUAGCAAGUAGCCACGCUGCCAUAGAGAUUUGUUUGACAUGAAAUCUUCUUCUGACUCCCCCAGCCCCUUGCUGGGAAAAUGGAGGUCUGUGAUAUCCAGUCUGUGUCACUUUAAACAUUGGGAGCAACUUGUAGAAAGCCCCAGGUGGCUUCAGAGGACAAAUUCUAUCAUUAUUCAAAGUCUUAAAUCACUUACACAUCACGAAAGCCUCGUUCUCAAUGCUGUCAAAUUCUGAAAACCUGUAGGAUGAGAACUGGGAUGGUUUUUUUCAUUUGUGCAUAGUCAUGACAACCAUGUCCUCUCACCUGAAGACGGGAUUAUAACUUGGCUAAAAGAACAGAAUUUUUUGACAGUUUGAGAGCUUCAAAAUCACUGCUUUUCUCAUGAGGUACAACCUGAGGCUUACAUUACUUGGUAAAUGUGUUCAAAUGAUGCCUAUAGAUGUGUGUAUGUGUUUCAUAGGUAUGGCAUGGCUUGUGUGGCUCAGCACUACAAAAUCUGUUGUUCUUUUCUGAGGCUUGUUUUCAAGCCAAGCACUUCAGCAGCUGUAAACAUUGGUAAGAUGCUUGUUGUUCUAGUUGUCAAAUUAAGUUAAACAGUCAUCAGAGCUUUUGCAGAUUUUGCAUAUCCCUUGAGUUCCCUUGCUGUUGUUCAACAGGGGCUGCCUGUUGUUCCACAUGUUAAAACAAAGGCAUAUAGUUGAGUGUCUAAGCAAGGGUUACUGGGUGGGGUUUGCUGCUUGCACAGCUUCGGGCUAACUCUCUUUUCAUUGAUGUCAGCUGUUGCCUGCACUGUGACCAUCCAUGCAGACUCCUUCUGAAAAUCACACCAUAGGAAUGUGAUACAUGGUUUUAUUUCUGAAAAUUUUUGCUUCACUCUGUGAAUAUUCAGCAAGGGGACAUCAUGUCUGAAACUGUCCAAGCAGCACAGGUGCCUGUGAUGUCUCUUGCAGAUAUAAUCAAGCAGUGAUAGUGAGGAUUUUUUUCUGCAAUUGUACAGAUUUCCAGAAGAAUCUGUUCAGUUCAUCAGCAGGGAAAAGAAGAGCAAGAGGACUGAAAUGUCUCCCAUGGGCAUCUCAUAUGCCUCUCAGAGGUUUCUCUUGGGAGGUUUAAACAAUCUGAACAAGUUGCUGGUGUGAAUAAAGAUAUAAUGAAACCCAGUGGGUUUUCCUAUUAAGCUCCAGUCAGUGCAGCACUAGAUCUGCAUUAACCCAGGAAAUGGGCAGCAAAGCCUUAGGGUGAGAUUCUUACCUGCAGUCAUAAACAUUUAAGUGUGCAGUUAACUUUAAGUACUUGAGCAACCUCAGUGAAGUCAUGCCUGUGUGCUUCACUGGACCAUGGCCAGAGUGAUCACGUCUUUAGGACUGGGACUUGAGUGGGCUGUAGCUCAGGAUGAAAUGAAGGGGAGCAUCCCCUUCACCUUGCUUUGGGCCAUUUGUAACCCUGAAGUUACAUUUUCAGGGGCUGAGCGCUAUGGCUUGCUGCCUCACAUGGUGAUGCAGUGGGAAGAGGAGGAUCAGCCCUGUCAUAUAUAGAGUCCCAGUUAGGAAUUGUCAUUUACCCCCCACCUGAGCCGUUGCAGCAUUGUUUUCCUUAGGCCAAGAAAGAGCACUCAGUUCUCAGUUCAUGCGGUGUUGUCCAUGUCGUAACUCUUGGUAGCAGAACUGCAAAGAACAGCAUGCACAUGUGUGUGCACAUGUGUAUGGACAUGCAUCUUCUUGGCACAGACCAAACCUUACUCUAGUAUUCUGCAGCAUUCACUGAGGGAUAUGACCAGAGCCACCCAUGGGGCCCAGCAGCGGUCCUUGCAAGACCUUUCCUCUGGCUGGCCUCCUAUCUCUUUUGCCAAGUGUAGAAACUUUCUGUCUAAUAACCUUGAACUUAGCUUACUGGCAUGACUGAAUUGCUGGAGUGUUUUUCAUGCAGUGCACUAGAGGUGCAGUCCCAGUCUCACUGCUUUGUGAUAGCUUCCCAGUCUGCCUCAAAGCACUGUGGAGGUAAUCAGCAAAUCUUUUCCAGCAGCAUAAAACUUGUUGCUCUGACUGUUGAGGUGGUCGUUGUCUCAGGUUUGCACCUGUCCUACCCCUGCGGCACCUUGUUCUGUCCCUGGGAACAUGCAUGGCCAGAUAAGUGCACUCCUCCCCAGUGGUCAGAGCCAGAGCUGUGCAGGCUUAAAGUAGCCCUUGUUCAUGGGAGAUGUUUCCAUGUGCUGUUGAUGUCCAUAGGAACAUAAUACUUGCUUACACAGAGAUGCUUUCCUGAAGCAGAGCUGUCACUCUUUUCUACAGGUACCACAGGAUGCCCUUGGAUCCUCUAUUCUACUUCAUGUAACUGGUACUAGAAUGAUCUUUUCCUGACAAAUGAAGGCACUUACUAGGUCCUUUUUUCCCUUGGGAAAAGGACUCAUGGGGAUAUUGUUAUAUCAUUUAAAAUAAUAUUUUGGAACUUAAGUUUACAUUGCUUUAUUUUUCACUUGAGGUGACUGUAUAUAAAUAUUUCCUUCUAUUUUAUCAUUGCUGAUAAAGUAAGCCUAUGGUAUACAAACAAAUAACUUGCCUCUGAUGUAUUGAAACUGUGAGAUAUAAAGUAGAUUUCUCUCUUGUGUCCAUGUUCCUGACUAUUAUUCUGUUCCUCUGUGUUUUUAUAAGUUGGAAUAAAUGUUGCUUACAGGCAGUAGAGAGCCUGCAAGCUUCCUAAUAAUUUUUAUGUAAUUGAAAUCAAGCAACCCCAGUGAAGAAUCUCACAUAUGUAUAUGAUAUAUGUAUAUGUACAAACUUUAGAAAGAAAUAAACCAAAUGUAUUUCA